GCGGGACCAGCGGCGAGUCCAUGUGGGCGCCGGCGCGGCGCAGCGCGGGGUCGCUAUGGCGGAGGUGCAGCAGCUCCGGGUGCAGGAGGCGGUGGACUCCAUGGUGAAGAGUGUGGAGAGAGAGAACAUCCGGAAGAUGCAGGGCCUCAUGUUCCGGUGCAGCGCCACCUGCUGUGAAGAUAGCCAGGCGUCCAUGCAACAGGUGCACCAGUGCAUAGAGCGCUGCCAUGCACCUCUGGCUCAAGCACAGGCCUUGGUGACCAGUGAACUGGAAAAGUUCCAGGACCGCCUGGCUCGAUGCACCAUGCAUUGUAAUGACAAAGCCAAAGAUUCAAUAGAUGCAGGGAAUAAGGAGCUUCAAGUGAAACGGCAGCUGGACAGUUGUGUGACCAAGUGUGUGGAUGACCACAUGCACCUCAUCCCAACUAUGACCAAGAAGAUGAAGGAGUCUCUCUCAUCCAUUGGAAAAUAAAAGUCUUUGCUAGUGACCAUGGGGCUCAGGGCAGGAAUCUAUUUAAUAAGAAAUGGGAAUUUUAGUCUCUUAAGCAAAGUUUAUGUGAAGAAACUAAGGAUGGCAACAAGUUUAAGGCAUAUUUCACUUGCCUCUGGACAUGAUUCUUUUAUGUUUUAAUUAUAGAAAGUGAAAUGGAAAACACUGGUGCUAAAUUUGGGUCACAAUAGCAUAAGAGAGUGUUCUAGAGCCUAAAUUUCAUGUGGCAAGUGCUUUUCUUGGCAGUAGAGAUCUCUCAUGUACCAAGCCAGAGAUCCUCCAACUACCAUAUUCUUACUACACAGGUUGCAACAGGUUGGCACAUCCUUGUAACCCGCCUCUAAUCUGGUGAAGUUUGAGGAGAGGUGUGUCUAUUGCCAAUUCCUGUUUACUAUAAGUGUCAUGACACAAAUUUCUAGGAGUUAUAAAGCAAAUUCCGGUAGAUAAUGAAUUUAGAAGGGAAAGAAAAUGCUUCUGGAUCUUUAGUUUUGCUUGGUUUUGCAUGAGUUAGACUUAGGAUAUGGACUUGGAAGAAACAGUAGUUUGGAUGAGAACUUGAAUGGUUCCUUUUGCCAUCAAGAUGUAAAUUUGAAUUUCUGACAUUUUUUGCAUUUUUCAGCCUGGAGAUCAUUGCUGAAUCAUAAAGGUCAGUGUCACACUUGAGGUUGGAAAGCAAGAGCUUCCUCCACUAGCUAAUAAGCCCUGAGGCUUUUUGUAGCAGAAUGAUAGGAUGGUCUUGGUAGUGAUACUUCCCAUUGCAGGGAAAAGGGAUACAUAAAUACAGUAUUCAGUAAUAAACACUAAAAUAGGAACCAUUGUCUGGUUAAGAGAAUUGUAAAAUACUAGAAACCAAAAUCCUUGGAUUUUGUAGAAGAGAAUGGAAUAAAAGCCUAAACCCAGCAUUAUUUACCUAGCCCCUGAAUUCAUAGAUCCUAAUUAAGAUCAUCCCCUGGGCACAGGAAGGUCAAAAAUUAAGCAACAUCAGCUGA